AUUGCGGGCAGCCUUCCCAGGCAGCCUGCCCAGCUCUGGGCAGAGCAGGUGGAGGGACGGAGGGGACGCAGCCUCUCGCCCGGCCGGGGAGAUGGAGUGGCUGAGCCAGCGCUGCCCACUGCUGCCCGCUGCCCAGGGCUGUCCCCGGCCGGGCCGUGGCACCUUGCUGCUGGUGGUGAUUCUGGCUUUGCUGAUGUACCCGGUGCUGAGGAGCCUCGCUCUCCAGCUGCACUCGGCCGUCACGGGCAGCUACGUCUCUGGGACCCACUCCAUCGCCUUCAUCAACUGUCUCAACGAGCAGAUUGCCAAGGAUAUUGCAAGGGCCAUCAUGGAUAAGAAGCUGGCUGCCUACGUGAACAUCCUGCCGAAGAGCUCAGCCUUGUAUUUCUGGAAAGGGGAACUGGAAGAAUCCACUGAAAUACUGCUGUUAGUGAAAACAAGGACAUCCAAAAUAGACGAAUUGUCCAACUACGUCAGAUCCAUCCAUCCCUUUGAAAUUCCUGAAAUCAUCAGCCUGCCUAUUGACCAAGGAAACCCUCUCUACCUCAAAUGGAUAGAGGAAAGCGUCCCACAGGACUAACUGAAAAGCACCUCGCUUUUGGGGAGACUGGGUGAAACGUGCUGGGCUGUGCUGCUCCCCCUGUGCAGGCAGGACUUGCACACACGCCAGGAGGCAGGUUCUACCUCCCCACGUUUGCUGUAACACAGAAGCUUGGGCUUGGGAAUUUUGUUUGCACCCAAAACAUCCCCUCCUUGGCCUGACCCUGUGCUCCAGGGAGCCCCGAGCAGCCCGCAGGUGGUGGGGGCUGACGUGGGGAAGGGCUCCAGGCACCCAGGGCUGUCGCAGCCCCGUGGAUGAGGAUGCACAGAGAUGCUCGUUUCAGGAUCCUGCGGCAUUUGGGGGCUGUCUCAGGCGGCCAGCAUCAAAUGCCAGCUGGUAGCCACGGCCCAGCAGCCCCCGGCAGUGCUGCGUGUCCCUGCAGCCAGCGCCUGAACCCCUGCCGGGCCCCCCCUGCUCCCCACAGCGGCUGUCGCAGCAUCCUGCCCCGCUCUGCCCCCUGCUUCCCCGAGCCCGGGGGCAGCAGGAUGUGGCCGGGCACCCCGCGAUGCACCGGCUCACGCCCUCUCCAGCUGUCACGCGACGCGCUGGUUUGAGUCUUACAAAAUCCAAGGAAACAGAAAACUUGAGCAGAAGUUGCUUUUAACCAGGAGCUACGAGCAGCACAUAUGCUGACCCUGUCCUACCUGCUGAGCUGGGCUGAGCUGGGCUGGUCUGGGCUGCUGAGCUGGGCUGAACUGGGCAACAGCCGCAGCCAGUUCAGGGAAACCAAGUGCCAGCAGGACCCGGUCAUUGCCCAGCCCUGCGUCCCCUACCCACGCCUGAACGGUGGUUUAACCUUGUAAAAAGAUGUUCAUGUUAAUAGUUUAAUGAGAUACAACUUCUAGAACAACAGCGAGUUAGUUAUGUGGCUCGGAAGGGAAUAAACAGGAGCGUUUCUUACC